UCAGGGAUGCUAUGACAUCUUUACUGUGUAACUUAGGCAGAUCAGUUUACCUCCCUGAACUUCAGUGAGCUAAUCUGUAAAAUGGAUCAGGACCCAUCGCUGUGCCGAUCAAAUGAGACCAGGUGUGUUAAGACGCUGAACAGCGCUGGCGCAUGGUAAGCACCCCACGCAUGACACGACAGCGGUAGCUUGGGUGGAUGUUGAUUUGGUUAGGAUGUAUUCAAGGAGCAAGAUAUCCCAGAGGCCAGCGGAAUAGGCGACGCCGAGAAAGAAGGAGAAAAGACGGCAGAAGAGAUAGAAAGAGGGAAUGGAAGAAGAGAGGAGGCAGCAGGGUCCGCCCUCCAGGCGAGGCGCCAGCGAGAGGCCCAGGCCGGGGAGGGAGCGCACGUGGCCUAGUUCGGGCGGAGCAAAGGCGCUGGGCGCAGCGGAGACCUCCGAGCCCGCCCCAGGAGACCGGCCGCGAGGGUAGGUUGGAACUCGGCUGCGAGGACCUUGAACGCCGGGCGCUGGGGCGGCUCCAGGACACCAAGAUGCCUGGCGAACAGCAGGCAGAGGAGGAGGAGGAGGAAGAGAUGCAGGAGGAGAUGGUGCUGCUGGUGAAGGGUGAGGAGGAUGAGGGUGAGGAGAAGUAUGAGGUGGUGAAACUCAAGAUCCCCAUGGACAACAAGGAGGUCCCGGGCGAGGCGCCCGCGCCGUCCGCCGACCCGGCGCGUCCCCACGCGUGCCCCGACUGCGGCCGCGCCUUCGCGCGCCGCUCCACGCUGGCCAAGCACGCGCGCACGCACACGGGCGAACGGCCCUUCGCGUGCACCGAGUGCGGGCGGCGCUUCUCGCAGAAGUCGGCGCUGACCAAACACGGCCGCACGCACACGGGCGAGCGGCCCUACGAGUGCCCCGAGUGCGACAAGCGCUUCUCGGCCGCCUCGAACCUGCGGCAGCACCGGCGGCGGCACACGGGCGAGAAGCCGUACGCAUGCGCGCACUGCGGCCGCCGCUUCGCGCAGAGCUCCAACUACGCACAGCACCUGCGCGUGCACACGGGCGAGAAGCCGUACGCGUGCCCGGACUGCGGACGCGCCUUCGGCGGCAGCUCGUGCCUGGCGCGUCACCGACGCACGCACACGGGCGAGCGGCCAUACGCAUGCGCCGACUGCGGCACGCGCUUCGCCCAGAGCUCGGCGCUGGCCAAGCACCGGCGCGUGCACACGGGCGAGAAGCCGCACCGCUGCGCUGUGUGUGGCCGUCGCUUCGGCCACCGCUCUAACCUGGCGGAGCAUGCGCGCACGCACACAGGCGAGCGGCCCUACCCCUGCGCCGAGUGCGGCCGCCGAUUCCGCCUAAGCUCGCACUUCAUUCGCCACCGACGCGCGCACAUGCGGCGCCGCCUGUAUAUCUGCGCCGGCUGCGGCAGGGACUUCAAGCUGCCCCCUGGCGCCACGGCCGCCACUGCCACCGAGCGCUGCCCGGAGUGCGAGGGUAGCUGAGCCCCGCAGGGCUGCGGAGGGGCGCCCUGGGGCUUCGACCUGGCUGCACUAACCCGGGCUCCUUCUGCGCCGGCCUCCAGGUCUGGAAAAUUGAGGGGACUGCAGGCCCGGCUGCCCUGGAACUGGAAGACAGGGAGAAUCCCCUGCCGGGGUCCCUGGAAACAGUGCCCAUCCUCCAUCACUACAUUCCCUUGGCCCGUGUUAGUGAAUAAAGUAUUAUAUCCUCACCCCACCCGUGCCUGUGAGUGGGGUGGGUGGGAGAGGAAGAAAGUUCGGGUUCUCCAGGCUCAGGUGCCAAGUGAGAUGUCAAGGAACCAAAGGGGGAUGUAAACCUAAAAGGGGUUCCCGGCAUCUCCGUUUGUGUUGGGGGUAGGAGGUGAUCGCACACUUGGCCCUUGGUUACGUCCUCAUAAACCCUAGAUCUGAAAGGGCCCAUAAGUAUACUAUGUUCAUCAGACAUGCACUGCAUUCGGCAGAGCUCCAGUGAGCAAGGCACAACCCUCAGAUCUCAGUCUAGUGAAGGAGAGAAAACUGUAACACAACAUUAAAGGUUUUAACUGCUUUGUUA